AUGGAGAAAAGAACCAUAGUGAUGGAAAAGGCAAAUCAGAGUGUUGGAAUCACCUUCAUCCUCCUGGGCUUCUCUGAAUACCCACACCUCUGGGCACCCCUCUUCUUGGUCUUCUUGGCCAUCUACACAGUCUCUGUAGUGGGGAACGUGGGUAUGAUUGCAGUCAUCAGAAUCAAUCCCAAGCUCCACACCCCCAUGUACUUUUUUCUCAGCCAUCUCUCCUUUCUUGAUUUCUGUUACUCUUCUGUAACUACACCCAAACUCUUAGAGAUCUUGGUUGUGAACAUAAAGACUAUCUCUUACAUGGGUUGCAUGAUGCAGUUUUUCUUUGGCUGCACAUUUGUGAUUACGGAAAUGUUCAUGUUAGCCGUGAUGGCCUAUGACCGGUUUGUUGCUGUUUGUAACCCCCUGCUCUACACAGUUGCUAUGUCUCCUAAGCUCUGUAUCCUCCUGGUGGCCUCAACUUACUCAUGGGGUGGGUUAUGUUCCUUGACCCUCACACGUUCUCUUUUGGAACUAUCCUUCUGCGGGUCACACAUCAUAAAUCACUUUGGCUGUGAGUAUUCUGCCAUCAUCUCUGCCUCCUGCUCUGACACUUAUUUCAUUCUGAUGCUGGUUUUUAUCAUGUUCAUAUUCAAUGAGGUGUGUAGCCUCCUGAUUAUCCUCUCCUCCUACCUUUUCAUCAUUGUCACAGUUAUCAAGAUGCCAUUUGCUGGUGGGCUCCAAAAAGCUUUCUCCACCUGUGCCUCCCAUCUGACUGCCAUCGCCAUCUUCCAUGGAACCAUCUUUCUUCUCUACUCUGUGCCCAGCUCCAAAAAAUCACUUCUCUUCAUCAAAAUAGCCACCGUGUUUUACACAGUGGUGAUCCCCAUGUUAAACCCCCUUAUCUAUAGCCUUAGAAAUAACGAUGUGAAAGAGACGAUCAGAGAGUUAAUCAAUGUCAAACAACUGUUUUCUCAAUGUAAUUUUGACUAG